UUCCUAUCGACAUGAAGUUUUUCGGGCGGUGGAGAAAAAAGUCCCAAGGCGGUGAGGGAUCAAAGUUGCUCCGAGAUUAGUGCAAACAGUGCAAACAUCGACACCCCGCGACGCGUCCAACACGUCCCGAAGCGGUAAAAUGGCAUGGCAUCGCUUUCACUGUUUAACAACCUGGAGGGUCAUAGAUUAUCUGGUCAACUACACACACACACACACAAUGGACGGCGGAUAUGGUUACAACAACACCUCGUUCGGGGGAGGUGGCGGUGGUGGUGGCUUCAUGCCCGGAGAAACGAACAGUCCCUCUGGUGGAAAGGGCGAUUACCAAAACUCUACCCUCCGCCCUGUCACAGUCAAACAAGCCCUAGAUGCAACACAACCAUACCCAGAAGCCAACUAUCAAAUUGAUGGAGCCGACGCAGCCAGCAUUUUCUUCGUCGGUCAGGUACGCAAUAUCAGUUCUCAGAGCACAAACGUUACAUACAAGAUCGACGACGGCACGGGGGAAAUUGAAGCAAAGCAAUGGAUCGAUUCCUCGGCUACUGAUAUGAUGGACACGGAUGAUGGUAAGGAGUCUGGAGCCUCCGGGAAGAACCAGGUCGAGCUCAACGGCUAUGCCAAGGUGUUUGGCCGUCUUAAGUCAUUUGGCAAUAAGCGAUUCGUCGGUGCCCAUUGUGUGCGACCUCUGACCGACAUCAAUGAACUUCACUGCCACCUUCUCGAGGCAUCGGCUGUUCAUCUGUUCUUCACGCGGGGCCCACCGGGUGGUGGAUCGGCUGGUGGUGCUGGCGCUGGCGCUGGUGCUGGUGCAGAUACCUCUAUGGGCGGAGCCGCUGACUACGGUCAAGAUAAAGCCCUCCCUGCAAUGACCCCUGCCGCACGGAAGGUAUACAGUAUGCUGAAGAAUGAGCCGCAGAGCAAUGAAGGUCUGCAUGUGCAGAUGAUUGCGGCCAAGUUGGAUCUCCCGGUGACGGAUGUGGCACGGGCUGGCGAUGAGCUGCUCACUGCCGGUGUGAUUUUCUCGACGGUUGAUGAGAAUACAUGGGCUAUUUUGGAGUACUAGCGAUUUGAUUAAUAUGUUUACGAUUUAUUUCCCUUCAAUUUAUUGCUGUAUGAUACUCUUACCAUGUCUUGAAAAUGUCAAAAUUGAGUGGAGGGCAACAUGAAGUGCUCUUAUGGCUGUCAUAUUCUUCGAACAACCCCCCAAAAAAAGCAUUUAUGAAUAUAUACAGAUCUCCCAAAAUAGACUUCUCUCGACUAUAGACGGCCCCUUUCCUUCAUUGAUUGUUCCCAUUCUUCCUUUACUGUCUGAUAGAAACUUUGGUCACGAAGCACAUCCAACCCGAUCAAAGAAUUUGCCUUUCCGGCUCUGAGAGCCUCUGCGUGCG